UUAGUCAUGGGGUCCGUGGCCGUGUGACAACAACAAGAACGUGUGCUCCAGGACGUACGCGACAGAUGGGGGAUCGUACCGUACAUACACGUCUUAAGAAAGUCUACAGCCAUUUUGUGGUGAGAACUGAGAACUCUUGGUGAUAAUACAAGUAUCAGGAAAACAUCAUCCGGUGCAAGCAUCUUUUACGAAUAUCAACCAUAGAAAGGUGGGCAUGUCUCCGAGAAUCGGAAUGAUUACACACAUGUAUUGUGUGCUCAUGUGUGUGGUUCUUGUAUGUCAAGCAAGGACACCGUUGGAUAACACUCUAAGGAGUAAAAUACUAGCAGCUCUAGGAAAAAAUAAUCGAGCUGGUGGUGCGUCAUCGACGUCUGUUUCUGCAAACCGGAUCCAACCAGAGCUACCUAGUGCCAAGACAAAAGCUCGAGCGACAUCUGGUGGUGUCAAAAAGAUACGUGCUAUUAUUCCUGAGACUUCAGAUAUAAUUAUUGAAAAAGAAACGACACUUGAUACUACAACUGUUUCUCCAUCAUCAUCUUCACCUGUGAAACCUAAAGCUUUAGACACGCAAAACGUCGACGUAAACAUAAAUAUAAACAAUAACAUUAAUAAUCAAGAGCCGGUUACAUCAGCCACAGCCAACCCGACGCAACCCACUGAAACACCAAAACCAGUACUGGACUGUGUCAGUAUUUGCAAGAUCGCAAACGUGGCAGCUUGUGGAUGCCCUCACAGUGGUGCAUGGGCAUAACACCAUGAUAAUGUAAUAACAACGAUCUACGAUACAGCCCUACACGUAUCCAGUUAAAUCGUGAAAACGAAAGUGAUGGGAUUUAUGACAAAUUCUUGUGUAUAAUGUACUCGUUGGAACCGUCGUUAUCUCUUUUUGUGAUAAAAUACUGAAUCAUUUGUGGUUGCGCAUGUUAUUAGUUUUGUGCAUGUUAAAGACCAAAAAAAUGGUUUAGUGUAAACGAUAAACGAAACAAACUGUAAUAAUGAUUUAAGAAUGUUUGAUAGAGGGUAAAACUCGUAGAUGCUUAUUAUAUUAAACAUAUAUCAAUUUC